UAUUAAAUAAAGAUAGAGUAUAUGACUUAUCAUAUAUAUCAGUAAUGUACAUAAAGUGUGAGAAUGCAUUAUAGUGCAAAUAACAGUAUUGUGCGUCAGUUACUUUAGAACUUUGGACAAGGACAGUAGGACAUUAUUGCUUGGUGUUUGUGUUUACCUGAUGAUAAAAACCUUAUAAUAAAGUAUAUAAUAUAAAAUAGAGAAGGUUAUAACUGUAUCUGAGUAGAGACCUUUAAUCACUCAAUAGACUAUGACUGAAUUUUGCCCUUUCUAACAUGGCCGCCAGGGGCAGCACUGAGCGCCUUCAUUACGUCAUUACUAAGAUGGCGGCGUCCUGUGGCCGCAUCCUGUGCACGGGAUGGCGAGGGAAAACAGGGUUCGUUCUGAAAAGCCGGUCUCCGGUUUGCUUUUCGAAUUCCAGCUUUCACAUGUCAGUAGUCGGCAGGAACGGACUGCUUUCAUCGCUGCACAAGCGAGGCCUCCUGAAGGAGUCUUUCCCCGAAAACGCGGCCCAGGUGCGCCUGCCUCCUCUGCUCCAUGCGUCCCCGCAGACCGUGUACUGCGGGUUCGACCCAACCGCCGACAGCCUGCACGCCGGGCACCUGCUACCGCUCGUCGGCCUACUGCACUUCCGCAACGCCGGGCAUCAAGUGAUCGCGGUGCUCGGCGGAGCCACGGCGCGGAUCGGCGACCCGAGCGGCAAGGCCAAGGAGAGGGAGAGCGUGUCGUCUGCCACGGUGGACAGCAAUGCCCGAUCCGUGAUGGAAAGCUUGCACCGGAUCUUCACGAAUCACGAGCUGUAUUUCUGUAGCGAUCCCCAGAAACUGGGCAGCAUGCGCGUCCUGAACAAUGGAAGCUGGUACCGGGACUGGAACGUGGUGGACUUCCUGACCGAGGCAGGACGGUAUUUCCGCAUGGGCACUCUGCUCAGCAGACACAGCGUCCAGUCCCGCUUAAAGAGUGCAGAGGGGUUGAGUCUGAGCGAGUUCUCCUACCAGAUCUUCCAGGCCUUUGACUUCUAUUACCUGCAUCAGGUGCAUGGAUGCAGAAUACAGCUGGGAGGAACAGAUCAGCUGGGCAACCUGAUGUCCGGCCAUGAGUUCAUUCACAAAAAGACGGGCGAGGAAGUGUAUGGACUGACCGUGCCGCUGUUGACCACCUCGAUGGGAGAUAAACUGGGAAAGACUGCAGGAAAUGCCGUGUGGCUGAACCGGAACAAAACAUCUCCUUUUGAGUUCUACCAGUAUUUCCUCAGACUGCCGGACAACAACAUUGAACAGUACCUGAAGCUGUUCACGUUUCUCCCACUGGCCGAGGUGGAGAAGGUGAUGGAGCAGCAGCAGCAAGAUCCAAGCAAAAGAACAGCACACAAACGGCUUGCUGCUGAAGUGACCAAGCUGGUACAUGGCAAGGAGGGACUGGAGAGCGCCAAACGAUGCACCAACGCUCUGUACCAUAGCAACAUCGACGCUCUGCAGCAGAUGGAUGAUGCUGAACUCAAGGAGUUGUUUAGAGAAGCUCCGUUUCAGGAGUUCUUUCUAGAGCCAGGUACCACAGUGCUGGAUGCCUGCCGUCGAAUCCAGGCCAUUCCAGAAGGACCCAGAGGGUAUCAGAUGAUCACUGAUGGUGGUGUGUGGAUUAACCACCAAAGGACCUCCAAUCCUGAGCAGGUACUGAUCGCAGGUCAGCAUGUCUUCUCAAAUGGACUCAGUCUGAUUCGUGUGGGCAAAAAGAACUUCUACAUAAUCAAGUGGCUGAGCAUGUGAGCCUAAAUAUGGAUAAAUGAGGAGUCUGGACAACUGUAUGGAAUGUAAAUGUUACGCUUUGCAUAGUUUGGGAGAUGUUUCACCACAUAGGAUAAGCACCAGGAUGACAUUCAUUCCCUUUUUUUUAACAUGCAGUUCUACAUUCUGCCACUAGAUGUCAGUCCAACGCUUAUUUCAUUCUUCCCAUGAACAAGUGCAAACCAAUGUAGAGCACAUUAUGGUGUUUCUCCUUCUCUUUCUCACCUACAAUCAUUACUUGAACCAGGUGUGCCUUGAUUGGGGGGAUUUUCCAGGACCUGGGUUGUGAAGCACUACAUGAUGUGUAGAACAGCCUUGUGAGUUGCUCUGGUCUGGUCUAUCUUAUUUAUAUGACUUGUUCUCUUUUUUUUUUUUUUUAAGUUAUAUUGUUGCGCCUAAUAUGCCAGAAAUGCAAGAUGUCUCCGAUAUUGUCUUCUAAAAUAAAUGCUACACUGGAAGGAGGAAAAA